AUGGAAUUGAUUCCAUACACCUUUGCUUCUGGGUUAGAUGAUUACCCCCGUGCGUCCCAUCCUGACGAAAAUGAGCGUCACCUUGACCUUCGUUGUUGGAUGGCGAUGGCUUCGGGAGUAUUAGCGAACAUUGCGAAAAGGAUUGGAGAGGACUCAAGCGCAUACGAGGAAAUUUAUAAAGAUCUUACUGAUAACAAAUUGUUAGACAGAUUACAUUGGGACUCUAAACAAAAAAUUUUCAGUGAUUAUGGAUUGCAUGCUGAUGACAUCGACAUAUACAGUGAUGAUGGAGUGCUUAUUGAUAACAUAGACAUGUUCAGUCCCACCAGUAAGAGCCGUUAUGUUCAUGCACAUCCAACAUUUAGACAUACUGGGAUAUUUGGAUACGUUAGCUUAUAUCCUUUGAUGCUAAAAAUUCUGGAUUCGGAUUCUCCUCGAUUGGAAAAAAUGCUGUCAGACCUGAGAAAAGAAGACUUGUUAUGGACAAAAUAUGGGAUAAGGUCUUUAUCUAAGAAGUCAACAUUUUACAACAUGUCAAAUACAGUUACCGACCCUCCGCUCUGGAGAGGAGCAAUAUGGAUAAAUAUGAACUACCUAAUUAUCAGUGGACUUCACCACUACUCUCAAGUUCCUGGUCCUUAUCAAAAUCAAGCAAGUAAUAUUUAUACAGAGCUAAGAAAAAAUGUUGUUCAGAACAUUUUCAAACAGUACAAUAAAAGAGGUUAUAUAUUUGAACAAUAUGAUGACAUUACUGGAAUUGGCAAGGGGAGCUACCCUUUUACUGGAUGGUCUGCUCUUGUUGUGAACAUAAUGGCAGAAAAAUACUAA